GCAGGCGGCGCGGGCGGGGCCGGCCUCGCGCCCUGCACCGGCCUCGAAAUGGCCACGCGCGCACCCCCGUAGCGGACAAACACUGCCCAGGACUACACCGCAGCCUAACUGUGGGCCUCUCAGGGAGAGACUGGGAAAGUCAGGAGUCCUCCGGCCUCAGCGUGGACCUCAGCCUCCACCCCUCUCCGAAGGAGGAGUGGAGACCCUGUUGAGAGGGGCCAGUGUCUCUAAAUAUGCCCCAGGAUGACCGAACAGCCGCCGAGCGAGGCGGCACGCAGUGACCCCCCGCUAGAAGGACGGGACGCGGCCGAGGCCCGCAUGGCCCCCCCGCACCUGGUCCUGCUCAACGGCGUCGCCAAGGAGACGAGCCGCGCGCCGCCCGCCGAGCCGCGGGUCAUCGAGCUGGGCGCGCGCGGCGGCCCUGGGGGCGGCCCCGCCGGUGGGGGCGGCGCCGCGAGGGAUUUAAAAGGCCGUGACGCGGCUGCUGCGGCGGCUGAAACACGCCAUCGGGUGCCCACCACCGAGUUGUGCAGACCUCCCGGACCCGCACCGGCUCCAGCGCCCGUCUCGACCGCCGCGGAGCUGCCAGGAGACGGCCGCAUGGUGCAGCUGAGCCCGUCCGCGCCGGCGGCCCCCGCCGCCCCCGGCCGCGCGCUGCUCUACAGCCUCAGUCAACCGCUGGCCUCACUCGGCAGCGGGUUCUUUGGGGAGCCGGACGCCUUCCCCAUGUUUACCGCCAACAACCGGGUGAAGAGGAGACCCUCACCUUAUGAUAUGGAGAUGACCGAAGGUCCCCACACCAAAGUCGUGAGACGCAUCUUCACCAACAGCCGGGAGCGCUGGCGGCAACAGAACGUGAAUGGGGCCUUCGCGGAGCUCCGCAAGCUCAUCCCCACGCACCCCCCAGACAAGAAGCUCAGCAAGAACGAGAUCCUCCGCCUGGCCAUGAAAUACAUCAACUUCCUGGCAAAGCUGCUCAGUGACCAGGAGGAGGAGGGCUCCCAGCGGGCCAAACCCGGCAAGGACGCUGUGGUGGGGGCCACUGGCGGGGGUGGGGCAGGGGGUGGCGCACCCCCUGAUGACCUCCUGCAGGAUGUGCUGUCUCCCAACUCCAGCUGUGGCAGCUCCCUGGAUGGGGCAGCCAGUCCGGACAGCUAUACAGAGGAGCCGGCCCCCAAGCACACGGCCCGAAGCCUCCAUCCCGCCCUGCUUCCUGCCGCUGAUGGGGCUGGCCCUCGGUGAUGGACCGUGGCUACCUGGGGCCAGCCAAGAGAUGCCCUUUCGGCCACAGGGACGGCAGGCUUCGGGGCCAGCGUGAUGAGAAUAGGGUGACUCUGAAACAGGCUGAUGGACCCGUGGGCUUCCUCCACUGCCUGAACUGCAGGAAGCCCUCAUUGAACCCAGAGCUGGCUUUUCUGUUUUCUGCCUCAGUAGGAGAACAGAGUAACAGAGUGAAGCGGUAGGUACUUUUUUCUGAAGACGGCACAUGGUCUUCCCUGUCCCCGCCCCCAUUCUGAGACUUUCCAAGAAGGAGGCUCAAGGGUCACCAUUUUUUUUGGCCUAGAGACCCAGAGCCCUGGCUCUGCCAAGACCGGGAGCUGUUGGCGUUCACUUGAGGCAAGCCACGGCCUCUGCCUCAUCGGGGGCCACUCCUGAGCUGGCUUUGGUGGCUUUGGUGGCUGCUUCUGUCCAUGCAUAUAGGUACCUAGCAGCUGCGCAUCUCCUGUGCCCUGCCCUCACCCAGGCCCGUGCCAACCCGACCAGCUUGCCAGCUGCUGCGGGGAGUCACAGGUGCCUUCUUUGGGGCCUGGUUGAAGUAGAUGGCCAGGGCACAGCCUGCUGGCUACUUGUUGGGCCAGAGGCUCAGCAGACCUGGCAACCCUGGGGGGUCAGCGCCUCUGCUUGCUCCCCACCGAGACUUGCCUUCCUGUCCUGUGGCCCUGUGGCCGCGGGGACCCAGCCAAUGGCUGUGCGUCAGCCAGGUUGGACUUGGCGUGAAGGCUGAGAGCGGGAAAGUGAUGCUAGAGUGAAGUGGAACAAGAGAGAUCUUGGGCAUGUGAGUUUCAACUCUUGUACAUCAUUGCUGAUACUUGGGGAGUAAAUGCCAGCAGCAGGUGCCAUGUGGGCAGUGGAUGGCAGCUCCAGCCUGCCUUCUCUCCUGGAUGCCAAGAGAGAUUUCCCUGCUGCUGGUCAUCAGUCUGCAUUCCGAAUUGAGCACACACUGUCCCAUGAGUUCUUGGCAUUUGGGUUUUGUGCUUGACUUUAGUUCUUGGUGGGACAUUUAGGUUUGGAUGAGAGCCCAGGUAGAGCCCUACUCUUGUGACAGGGACAUCCAAUCAGAAACUGCCCUGGCUGAGAUCCACCUCUAUGCAUGCACAUCCACAGAGCAGAACCUUAAGGAAGGGCCCUUGACCGUGCAGUGUCCUGUUGUCAAGGGUGUAUGUGGGAGGCUGGCUUGAUGCACUGGGAGUGUGCUCUGCCCAGAAGUUAUAUGUGAAGCUUUUGUAAAUCAAAUCCCUGUCCUUCAAAUUUUGAAGGAAAGCCUCUAAGUCUUUUUGUAACGUGAAGAGUCCUUUUGUAGAGUGGACCAUUGACCCUGUGGUGACUUGCUAUGUCCAUCCCGACAGAGGCAUGUAGUCGUCUUAAGGCCAGGCCUACCUGUCACCUGCUUCCUGCACCCAUGGGACAGGUGGCAAGAAAUCUCAUUCAUCUGUCAUUGCUUCCUUGCAUCCUCACAGCCCACUCCCGCAAGGCUGUGCUGAUGAGGUCAGAGGGAAGAUACCUGGGCAGUCCCCAUUCCGUCUGGGGGAAGCCAUGUGGACAGCAGUGGGGAAGGCUCUCUCAGGUUUCAAGUCUUAGCCUAGCAGCUUGUCCUAAGGACAGCUGGCACGGAAAGAGUGACCCUGCUCUCCUUCUCUUCCCUGUGUAAGUUGUGGGGCCCAGUUCAAUGAAGGCAGUCAGCAAUGGCUGCCCAUCACAGUUCUGAUGUAUGGUAGAGCUGGCUCCCUUCCAGCCUGUCCUCAUGGGAGAGGCCUCUGGGAAGAGGCAGUCUGCUGAUGGAGCCACAGUCCUGGGGCCUGAUGCUGUGUUCGCUUCCCAGUGCUCGGAAGCAGUACAGGAGUAAGAAGCAGCCACAGCAGGCAGGGCUGUUUGGGGCACAGAUCACACAUUCUAGCAGACCAGUGCUGGGGCUGUGAUGAGGAGCCUCCCCCCAUGUUACCACAUGUUAACAUGUUAACACAUGUUACCUGUGUUACUGGCUCCCAGCCAGCCUGGGCCGGUUUGUGCCCCGGGUUGUGUGGGGGCUGAAUGGGCUCCUGACAGUAAGGUAUGAGAGUCGAGCACAAUGACCACUCAGCAUUUGGGUGACGUGGAUUAUGAGCCACUUCCCUCGAGUUUGCUAGGUUAUCCUGGUUGCUCCAGAUCUGUCUCAACUCCUUUCUCAGUCCAAGGCAAGAUACUGGAGGGAGAAGGAAACAGAGACAGUGGGGACAGAGUAGAUGACGUAGAUCCACCUGAAAUGGGCGUGUGUGAGGAAGUACAAGGCUUUAUGUCUUGUAGGAACUUAGAAGACCUGUCAUUUUUAUUUCUUCCCACAUGCCACAUGCCAUCCUCCUUCCUCUGCCUCCUUCUGACCUCUGAUGAAAUACAGCAUUUCAAAAAUAAUACCCACACACAAGGGGGAAAAUGUCAAGGUGAAAACCAUGGGAGGAGAACCAAAGUGAAAAGAAUGGCUGAGGGGCAUGACAUCUUGUAAGGAGAAUUUGUAUCAUUUGACUUGUAGUGGCAAACACUAGAUGGUACAACCUCUAUCCUUUUCCAGAAAUCAGACCGAGGGCACAGCAUUGUGUAGUCAGCCAGCGGCUCUCCGGCCUUCGGGGGUGGGUCUCGCCGUACUUGUGACUUCGUGGUACGUGGCCCCUUGCUGGAGGCUUGCCCCUGCCCAUGUACAUAGCGUGUGGUUUCUGUGGCGGGCCCAGCACUUUGCGUCAAUGUCGUACUGUAUGUGAUGAAUUGCGUUGGUCUCCACGUCUUUUUCCUGCAGAAGAGGAGUAGCAACCGCUCCAGGUACCUGGGCCCGCGUACCACCCAGAGGCCAACUCUGUGGGUGCGUGAUUCUUUUCGCGACAAAACGCGUGGUGAUGAUGUGUGUAUAUAUAAGGCUAUAUUGGGAAAAUUUCUAAAUAAAAGUUUUACAGAGGG